AUGGCCCCGGCGGGCGCCCAGCUCGCGGCCUUCGCGCUGGCCCUGUCGGGGGUGUCGGGCGUGCUGGCGGCCGCGCUGCUGCCCAGCUGGACGGUGCGCGCGGACGCGGGCUCGGGCCUCGUCACGGCCGUCCUCCACCGGCACGGCCUGUGGAUGGACUGCACGUGGCUGAGCACGGGCGUGUUCAGCUGCGCGCCCCGGCGCUCGGUGCUGGCUCUGCCCGCGCGCGUGCAGGCCGCCCGGGCGGCCGUGGUGCUGGCCGGCCUCCUCUCGGCCGCGGGGGCCUGCGCGGCCGCCGUGGGGAUGGAGUGCACGCGCCUCGGGGGGGACCCGGGGACCAAGCGGCGCGCCUCGGGGGCGGCGGGGCUCUGCCUGGUGGCCGCGGGGGUCCUGGGGUUAAUACCCACGGUGUGGUACGUGAAGGAGAUCGUGGCCGCCUUUCUGGACCGGACGGUUCCCGAAAGCCACAAGCACGAGCCCGGAGCUGCCGUCUACGUCGCAUUCAUCGCCGCCAUGCUGCUACUCAUCUCCGGCAGUAUUUUCUGCACUUCCUAUGUAAAGAAGAAUCCAGAACCUUGGCUCUCCCCCGCCAAGCAAGAACGUGUCUUUGACACACGGCGAGAGAAUUCGGUGAUGGACUUGAAGGAUUACGUGUAGACAGCUGGAGAAUGAGUAGGCGGCGAAGCUCCUGUGUGUGGCCAGGGCCUUAUUCUAGAUUAAAAAAUAAAUUAACCUGACUAUGCUUCUCCUUUCCUACAGACAGAGCAAAAUAAGGAAAAGCUCCGAGACAAUUUCAAAGGCUAAA